ACUUUUAUUGACCUCCCAAGAGAGGAUCCUGGGCAUAAAGGAGAUUACUGGCACAGAGGAGCCCUGGGACCAGUGGUAGGCGGUUUGGAGACACAGAGCUCGGUAAGGGAGGAAAGCAGGGGCUCAGUGAGUUAUCUUCUGCCCUCUUUCCCCGGCUUCCAUCUACAGGAGCCGCAAUGGCGCCCCUUCGGGCCCUGUGGUUGACCUGGGCGCUGCUAGGAAUGGCUGAAGCGUGCCCGGAGCCAUGCGCCUGCGUGGACAAGUACGCUCACCAGUUCGCCGACUGCGCCUACAAAGAGUUGCGCGAGGUGCCCGAAGGACUGCCGGCCAAUGUGACCACGCUUAGCCUGUCGGCCAACAAGAUCACCGUUCUACGGCGCGGGGCCUUCACCGACGUCACGCAGGUCACAUCACUUUGGCUGGCGCAUAAUGAAGUGCGCACCGUGGAGCCAGGUGCACUGGCUGUGCUAAGUCAGCUUAAGAACCUCGACCUAAGCCACAACCUCAUAUCCAGCUUCCCUUGGAGCGACCUGCGUAACCUGAGCGCGCUGCAGCUGCUCAAAAUGAAUCAUAACCGCCUGGGCUCGCUGCCGCGGGACGCACUGGGCGCGCUGCCGGACCUGCGCUCCCUGCGCAUCAACAACAACCGGCUACGUACGCUGGAGCCCGGCACCUUCGACGCGCUAAGCGCUCUGUCACACCUGCAACUCUAUCACAAUCCCUUCCACUGUGGAUGCGGCCUUGUGUGGCUGCAGGCCUGGGCAGCGAGCACCCGGGUGUCCUUACCUGAACCGGACUCCAUUGCGUGUGCCUCGCCUCCUGCGCUGCAGGGUGUUCCGGUGCACCGUCUGCCCGCCCUGCCCUGUGCACCGCCUAGCGUGCGUUUGAGUGGGGACCCUCAACCCGACACACCGGGCACCCCGCUGCGCGCGGGCUUGGCAUUCAUUUUACACUGCUUAGCCGAUGGCCACCCCACUCCCCGCUUGCAGUGGCAACUUCAGAUUCCAGGUGGCACCGUAGUCUUGCAGCCGCCUGUCCAGAGCGGGGAGGACGAUGGGGACCGGGCAGAGGAGGAGGAGGGAGAAGGAGAUGGGGAUGUGUUGACGCAGACCGAGUCUCCCACCCCGACUCCAGCACCAGCUUGGCCUGCGCCCCCAGCCACCCCCCGCUUCUUGGCCCUCACAAAUGGCUCCCUGUUGGUGCCUGUCUUAAGUGCCAAGGAGGCAGGCGUCUACACAUGCCGUGCAUACAACGAGCUGGGCGCCAACUCUACAUCAGUACGGGUGGCGGUGGUAGCAGCUGGGCCUCCAAAACACGCUCCUGGCGCUGGGGGAGAACCCGAUGGGCAGGUCCCGACCUCUGAACGCAAGUCCACAGCCAAGGGCAGAGGCAACAGUGUCCUGCCCUCCAAACCCGAGGGCAAAAUCAAAGGUCAAGGCCUGGCCAGGGUUAGCGUACUUGCGGAGCCGGAAACGGAGACCGAAGAGGAGGUAGGUGAGGGAGAAGAGGCUGAAGACCAGACCCCUGCGGAUCGGGCGGAGAAGCAGCACUGUGGUCACGGGGACCCGUCUCAGUACGUGUCUAACCACGCGUUCAAUCAGAGCGCAGAGCUCAAGCCUCACGUCUUCGAGCUGGGUGUCAUCGCGCUGGACGUGGCGGAGCGGGAGGCACGGGUACAGCUGACACCGAUAGCUUCGCGCUGGGGCCCUGGGCCGGGCGGGGCUGGGGGACCUGGGAGGCCUGGGCGGCGGCCCCUGCGCCUUCUCUAUCUGUGUCCAGCGGGGGGCGGGGCGGCAGUGCAGUGGUCGCGGGUAGAGGAGGGCGUCAACGCCUACUGGUUCCGAGGCCUGCGGCCUGGCACCAACUACUCCGUGUGCCUGGCGCUGGCGGGCGAGGCCUGUCACGUGCAAGUGGUGUUUGCCACAAAGAAGGAGCUGCCCUCGCUGCUGGUCAUCGUGGCGGUGAGCGUAUUUCUCCUGGUGCUGGCCACCGUGCCCCUGCUGGGCGCCGCCUGCUGCCAUCUGCUGGCCAAACACCCGGGCAAGCCUUACCGUCUAAUCUUGCGGCCGCAGGCCCCCGACCCUAUGGAGAAGCGCAUAGCCGCCGACUUCGACCCACGCGCCUCGUACCUCGAGUCAGAGAAAAGCUACCAGGUAGGAGGCGAGGCAGGCGGCGAGGAGCCAGAGGAGGCCGCGGAGGAGGGCCUUGACGAAGAUGCGGAGCAGGAGGACCCAAGUGGAGGCCUGCAGAGGGAGGAGAGCUUGGCAGCCUGCUCGCUGGUGGAGUCCCAGUCCAAGACCAACCAAGAGGAGUUCGAGGCGGGCUCAGAGUACAGCGAUCGGCUGCCUCUGGGCGCUGAGGCGGUCAACAUAGCCCAGGAGAUUAACGGCAACUACAGGCAGACCGCGGGCUGAACCUCCGGUCCCCUCGGCCCGCCCAUUCCCAACCCCCACCUUG